AUGGGUCAAUGCCUCUGCAAGUCUUCUACCGCUUCGGAUCCUUAUCAUCCACUCGACGAACAAUUGUUUACAACUAAAACAAUUGAGCUGAUGCGAGCAUCUGCUGGUCAGAUCGUUCCGGAGGAGUCAAGUGGAAUCAAAUUUCUAUAUAUUGGUGCUAUAAACGACCUCUUUAACACUGUCAAUGGGCUUUAUGUCAAAUUGGAAGAAGUUGACAAAUUGCAAAAAGACGGAAAAUCGAUUGAAAAACCUAUUCGUGCAUUCCUCAAGGCUCUCAAGGUAAUCGGCAAGUUCUACGAUACGUUCCUUCGUCUGUCGGACUUCAAAAUCGAUGAAUUUGUGCAAGUGCGGAAGGAUGAGGCUUGUGGCGGAUACAUACACUGGUUCGUUAUGAAGGAGGAAAUGAAAACCUUGGAGAAGGAGAAACCGUUCGAUGUUGAAGGUCUCAAAGGAAGUGUCGACCACCAGUUCGGUGUUGCUCAGAAGUUGUUCCAUAAACUUUAG